AUGAAUAUUAAUGCUCAAAUACUAAAAAGUAAUAUAAUUCAAAAGAAGUUGUAUCAAUGGCUUACUAGGAUUUUGUUAUUUGUAUUUAAGAUGUUGACAAAAAUUAAGAAUCAAUUUGUUCAAAACAAUUUUAGCAAAUUAAAUUCCAGUGAGAAAGAAGUACUUGAAAGUCAAAUUUUUUUUUAUUUAGUUAAUAUUAAUUUUUCAUCAGUUUUUCUUAAACUCACAUAA